AUGAAUCGUACUCGUGUUUGGCAUACAGCAUCCGUAUUAACGAAUGGAAAAGUGUUAGUUGCUGGUGGAUCGGGUAAUAGCUCUGCAAAUAGUGCUUUGUUAUAUAAUCCAUCAACAGCAACUUGGGCAUCUACUGGAAAUAUGAGUAAUGGACGAUAUUAUCACACAGCAUCUGUAUUAACAAAUGGGAAAGUAUUGGUUGCUGGUGGAGUAUAUAGUAGUUAUCCAAAUAGUUCUGAGUUGUAUGAUUCAUCAACAGAAACUUGGACAACUACGGGGAACAUGAAUAAUGCACGAGUGCAACAUACAGCAUCUGUAUUAACAAAUGGAAAAGUAUUAGUAACUGGUGGAUCAUUUAGUGGUUCUCAAAGUAGUACUGAGUUAUACGAUCCAUCGACUGGAAUUUGGACAAUUACUGGUAACAUGAAUUAUGGACGACAGUUUCAUACAGCAUCUUUAUUAACAAAUGGACAAGUAUUAGUUACUGGUGGAAGUAAUGGUAGUAUUUAUUUAAAUACUGCUGAGUUAUAUGAUCCAUCAACUGGAAUUUGGACAAUUACUGGUAGCAUGAACAAUUCACGAGGAUAUCAUACGGCAUCUGUAUUAGACGAUGAAAAAGUAUUAGUUACUGGUGGACAUAGUGCCAGUGGUUCUCAGAAUAGUGCUGAAUUAUAUGAUCCAUCAACUGGAACUUGGACAACUACUGGUAGUAUGAAUAGUCCACGACGGUAUCACACAGCAUCUGUAUUAAUUAAUGGAAAAGUUUUAGUUACUGGUGGAUAUAGUAGUAGCACUGGUGAUCUAAAUAUUACUGAGUUAUAUGAUCCAUCGACUGGAACUUGGACAUUUACUAGCAGCAUGAAUAAUGGACGAGAGUAUCACACAGCAUCUGUAUUAACAAAUGGAUACGUGUUAGUUACUGGUGGGCUAAAUGGUGGCAUUACUCUGAAUAGUGCAGAAUUAUAUUAA